ACAACAACAAAACGACAACUGUGUUAACUGCAGUGAUUGAGAGAGCGGGGUCCUGAGGCCACUCCAGCACUCCCUUCUACAAUUCAUGUGAAACACGUACGUGGAGACAAAGCGCCUGACAAUUUGGAGGAUGGUUCUGCGGUCCUAGGAAUCCUGAGUGAAUUAAAGUCUAGACUCGGUAAUUUUUCAAGCUAAACAGAGGAGGGAGAACUCGCAGAUCAGAUAUGCCCCAAGUGUUACAGAGGGAACGCUGAAGCAAGGAUGCUGCUGCCGGUCUGUGCCUGCCGGGAGGAAGGCAGCAAUGGCAGAGCAGCCGGGGAGCAGCAGCAUUCUCAGAGGCAGUAACAGGCAGCAUCAGGGCUAGGCCUCCUCCAGCACAAAGCAGGAAGCCGCAGCCUUGUGAAAUGCAGGAUCCUCUGAUGUUCGAAAAUCUCCCGAGUUGAGAAUGGCUAUUGUACAAACGUUGCCAAGAAACUCUAACGAUCCGCUGGCUGUAACCAUGUGUUAGCAAUAGUUGUUGCAGGGAAAUGAAUAGCACCUUCGGCAAAUUUCUGGUCAACCCACAACUCCCUGAAGAAGAAGAAGAAGAUAGCAAAUUACCUGAAAAAGAAAAACUGGCAAAACAAAGUUUGGGCAUGCCUGCAGGAACAUGGUGUUUUUAGAAACUACCUAGGAGGCAGAAGCCAAGCGUUGAUUUGCCCAUGCCUCUUACCUGGGGGUUGGAAGGUGGGAAGAAAUGGACAGUGGCUCCGAUGAAAAGACAAGGCACAGUGCAGCUGGGUGAAGCCACACGCUGACUGCGUUCUGCACCGCUCUUCAUGCAGUGCUGUGGGCUGGUGCACCGGCGGCGAGCACGGGUGUCCUAUGGUUCGGCAGACUCCUACACCAGCCGUCCAUCCGAUUCCGAUGUGUCUUUGGAGGAAGACCGGGAGGCGGUGCGCAGAGAAGCAGAGCGGCAGGCCCAGGCACAGUUGGAAAAAGCAAAGACAAAGCCUGUUGCCUUUGCAGUUCGGACAAAUGUCAGCUACAGUGCAGCCCAUGAAGAUGAUGUUCCGGUGCCUGGCAUGGCCAUCUCAUUCGAAGCAAAAGAUUUUCUGCAUGUUAAGGAAAAAUUUAACAAUGACUGGUGGAUAGGGCGAUUGGUUAAAGAAGGCUGUGAAAUCGGAUUCAUUCCAAGCCCAGUGAAACUAGAGAAUAUGAGGCUACAGCAUGAACAGAGAGCCAAGCAAGGGAAAUUCUACUCCAGUAAAUUAGGAGGAAAUUCAUCAUCCAGUCUGGGUGACAUAGUACCUAGUUCCAGAAAAUCUACACCUCCAUCAUCUGCUAUAGACAUAGAUGCUACUGGCUUAGAUGCAGAAGAAAAUGAUAUUCCAGCAAACCACCGCUCCCCUAAGCCCAGUGCAAACAGUGUAACGUCACCCCACUCCAAAGAGAAAAGAAUGCCCUUCUUUAAGAAGACAGAGCACACGCCUCCCUAUGAUGUGGUGCCUUCCAUGCGCCCCGUGGUCCUGGUGGGCCCUUCCCUGAAGGGGUACGAGGUCACAGAUAUGAUGCAAAAAGCAUUGUUUGAUUUUUUAAAACACAGAUUUGAAGGGCGGAUAUCCAUCACAAGGGUCACUGCUGACAUCUCGCUGGCCAAACGCUCAGUGUUAAAUAACCCCAGUAAGCACGCAAUAAUAGAAAGGUCCAAUACAAGGUCAAGCUUAGCGGAAGUUCAGAGUGAAAUAGAAAGGAUUUUUGAACUUGCAAGAACAUUGCAACUGGUAGUUCUUGAUGCAGACACUAUUAAUCAUCCAGCUCAACUCAGUAAAACCUCUUUGGCCCCUAUUAUAGUUUAUGUAAAGAUUUCUUCUCCUAAGGUUUUACAAAGGUUAAUAAAAUCUCGAGGAAAAUCUCAAGCUAAACACCUCAAUGUCCAGAUGGUUGCAGCUGAUAAACUGUCUCAGUGUCCUCCAGAGUUGUUUGAUGUGAUCUUGGAUGAGAACCAGCUCGAGGAUGCUUGUGAGCACCUUGCCGACUACCUGGAAGCCUACUGGAAGGCGACCCACCCUCCCAGCAGCAGUCUCCCCAACCCUCUCCUUAGCCGCACUUUAGCCACUUCAGCACUGCCUGUUAGCCCCACUGCAGCCUCUAAUUCACAGGGUUCUCAAGGCGAUCAGAGGACUGACCGCUCUGCUCUCGCCCGCUCUGCCCCCCAAGCUGAAGAAGAACCUUGCCUGGAACCAGCCAGGAAAUCCCAGCACCGGCCUUCCUCCUCAGCCCUGCACCACAACCAUCGUAGUGGGACAAAUCGAGGCCUGUCCAGGCAGGAGACAUUUGACUCAGAAACCCUGGAGAGUCGAGACUCUGCCUAUGUGGAGCCAAAGGAAGAUUACUCCCAUGAGCAUGUGGACCACUACGCCCUACACCGUGACCACAACCACAGGGAGGAGCCCCAUGGGAGUGGUGAGCACAGGCACAGGGAGUCUCGGCACCGGGCCAGGGACCUGGAUCGAGAGCAGGACCACAACGAAUGCAACAAACAACGAAGUCGUCAUAAAUCCAAGGAUCGCUACUGUGACAAGGAUGGAGAAGGAAUAUCCAAAAAAAGGAAUGAGGCUGGGGAGUGGAACAGGGAUGUUUACAUCCGCCAAUAACUUUGGUCUGUUUGUGUUUUUGGAUUUUUUUAAGUCUUGUAUAACAGCACCCUCAAUCUAAAUCUUUGGGGUAGACAUUGCAAUCAUAUGUGAUCUGUCGUGUAUAUUUUGUAUUGCUGUUGCUUAAAUAGCAAUAGUAUGACAGAGUAUUAAUAUACUUUUUUUCUUUUCUAAGUGCUAUAUAAAUUUGCCUGGUACGGCUGCAGUCCUCUGAUUGUGUACUGGACUUUUCAAAAACUGUUUGGGGUAGCUGCCACUUGAACAAAUUGUUGCCAUCCAGGGGGCAUUAGUAUUUUAAGAAAUGUGGUGGAUGUUUUAAAAAAUAUAGUUGACAUCUCCAGAAAGCCAGAAUUGGCUCAGAUAAAAAGUGGAAUAUCUUGAUUCUCCAGAUUUUUAAAAUGUAGGCACCUGAUAUGUAUAUUCAUUCAUCCAUGGACCACUGUUUCUUGCUUGUACCUCUGGCUGACUAAAUUUGGAGACAGAUUCAGUCUUGCCUUAUACAAAGGGGAUCAUAAAGUUAGAAUAUAUUUUCUAUGUACUAGUACUGUGUACUGUAUAGACAGUUUGUAAAUGUUAUUUCUGCAAAUACCUUCUUAUAAUUAUAUAUAAAUAUAUAUAUAUAUAUAUAUAUAUAUAUAUAUAUGAGUUUGAUCACACUAUUUUAGUCUUAAUGCCAAGUCAGCAGAUUUGCUUUAUGAAGUACAGGGACUAGAAUUGCCCACAUUCAGGAAAUUUGUAAUAACAUUGUGUAGGCACCUAUUUCCAUUCUAGCAGAAAGUCUGUACAUACUGUAAAUAUGUGUGAUUGCUUGACUUGAAAAGGUUUAAUUUCUGAAUGUUUUACCAUCCCUGUAAGUUUAUAAUUUUGACCAUAAAUUAUGAUAAAUAUAAUCAAACUCCAAAGGUUGUUCUAAUCCAUGCAGCUCACACUGAUUGUGACACACAUUCUUAGUAGCUAGUGUCUCAUGUCACUGCACUGGAGUCUACAAGCCGGAACUCUGUAUGCACGUGUGUGUGCGUCUGUGUGUAAGAGUAUGUGCGAGUGGUUGGUUGAGAUGAAUCUGAAUGCAGAAGACUAAUAAGGAAACUAGAGACUGGUAUCUAGAAUCCUACCCACCUGGCUUUGAGCUGAAUUGUGCUGCAUGACGCUGUAAUGAUCCAUUGAGCAGGCAGGGAGCAUGCUGCCAAAGGUGACUGGGAAAGCGUUCUGUUGGCUCCUUGUUUUUGCUCCUAUAGAGCAAAAAAUACAGGCAACUUUUAACUGUGAGUGUUUCACUGGAAAUGUACAAUCUUUGUGUGUUCGAGUACUUGUUAUAGUAAGAAACGUUUACACAGCUUGUAGAAUUAUUUCGUGGGAAAAUAAAUUUUUCUAACUUCUCCCACUUUCUUUCCUAACCCUGCUUAUUGUUCUGUUAUCUCCCAAUAUACCUAUCAUUCCAUCCCCACCACAAACUCAAAGAGUUUCACUGUCUGUCAAAACCUAGAAGUGCUUCUUAUAACCAAAGUUUCUGCUCUUCAGAAGUAAUCAGGGCAAAUGGGAUGACUUGAAGUGAACAAAAUGGUCAGAGCAUUUUCCUACAUCAGACAUCUAUGAAGGGGAAACUAGAAGAUAUUAUCUCAAUGAUGCUGUUGUGAGCAACUCACAAUGUGGUUGUCAUGUUAAGGCUAAACCUCUAUGUCUCCUAAGUGUCAUUUUGUCCAGUUAUGACUGGACCAUGAGAUAGUAUUUGGUGUACCUGAAAUUUGUCCCUGGAGAAUGCCUCUCUAUAAUUGCCUGACUGCAGAUUUGUACAUUAUAUAAUUAUGAUUUAUUAAGUAAGUUAAUCUAUUUUUGUUUUGUUUUUAUUAUUUCAAGUUCUUGCCAAAUAUUACUGGACCUUUAUAAAUAAAAUGUUUCACAUUUAACUCCUUACUUUCCCUACUCCCAAAGAAACUCAAUUUUAAAAAUCAGUUACAUAUAUAGUGUUUUAUCAGCUAAUAUGAAACAUUUCCCUCAGAAUCAGUGUAUUGUUAAUAUUGUUAAGCUCCAUACUGUUGCAAUGAAUUUAUUGACUACAAAAACUGUAGUCAUAAUAUAUAAAUUGAUGCAAAGUAGUCACAUCAUUGGAAAAUCAAAUUCCAAUUAAAAUACUUUUAUAAAAUAUUUCUGAUAAACUUUCCAUCACGGUAAGAUGCUGCUGAUCACCAGCCUCAUUCUUUGCUACACAUAAUUUCAUCCCAAUAAUAACUUUAGAACAUUUAAAUUCUUGAAGUAUAACUACUAUGUAUCUAACCUGCUGCUACCAUUAAUCCCUUUCAAAAGUCCUGAUAAUGGAUUCCAUUUUUAAAAUUCUAUAUCUGGAUUCUUGGGAUUUUUUUAACUUUAUUGUGUAAUAUGUUAGUCCAAAUCAGAGUAUUUCUCAAAAACUAUAUUGCAGGAUUUGAGAUAAGAGUAUCUAUACAUGAAAACUGUAUAGUGAACAUAUCUGUAAACAGUCUGUACUAAAUUUGUAAAUGAAGAAAUAAUCCCAGACAAUUUACUGGCUUGUGGAAUAUAAAAUUAUAGUAUUCACAGAGCAAAAGCUUAACCUUAACUUAGUUGUAGAAUCAUGAUUUUUUAGUCUACCUAGAAAAUGCUGGAAAUGUUCUUAAUAGUUCUACUCUGUUUUUUGUCAAACCCAUUUCAGUUUUACUAUGCUCUUUCUCUACUGCUCGUUUAAGUUACUGUUACAAAAAGGUGCUGCUAAAUGUAGGGUGUAUUAGUCAUAAUGUACUUUGGGACAAUGCCACAUUUUUAACACGGUCUGCUCUGCAUUCCUGUUAAACAUUUGCUGUCAGCUACACUGACGAACUGUUCAACAAACCUGAUUUAAAGAAAUUUAUCUAAAACAAAUAAAGAGCUGGCUUUUGCACUGUUUAUUAUUAGUAGCAUCAAUUAUGAUUUGAGGAAUGAUUCUGACAGUUGAGAAUAUAUUAAAUAUUCAACAAUUCCCACUUGUGGAGCAUUUUCCUUGGGACAAUGCCAAUCACUGGUAUUACUUUAGUGACCUUCCCCUGAUAUCUGACAAAAUAAUAGCUUAAGGUAGGUAAAGGAUCUUUUAAGAUAUGAGCACAGCAAAAUAAUUCUCCUUAGUAAUUAAUAAUAAUUCUCCUCCACCUUAAUUCUACAUGUGUAGCAAUUCAGACUUUGAAUUUUACUAUUCCUUCAUUUUUAAAUGAAGAUCUAUUUUGAUGACAAAUUUAAUUCCUCCUCCUUGCUCAAUGAGGUAAUGCUGCUAGUCUCAGAUAUUCUGAUCUUACUGAAACUUUAAGUCACACUGUUAGAGAAAAAGAUUACAUGGUUUUGGAUCAGUUGUUUCAUUCAAGCUAAAUUAUAUUUUUAACUACUUGUAUUUCUCUUUGCUGUUUAAACUAAAAUGUGAUAAAGAGUUUUGAAGUAAAAUGUACUCACUGUUGAAUUAAAUGCUUUUUCUGUUUUACAGUUAUGUCAACACUAAGUAGGCUGAAAGAUAAUAUAUCAAUUUCUUCCACAUUUUCCUGA